AUGGUCUAUUUUAGACUUCUUUUCUUGGCUUCAAUAGCAUCCUUGUGCGGGGUGACAUGGGGCCGUUUCGUGCCCCGCAAAGUGUACGAGGGGCCCCCAUCGUACUACGCCCCACCGCCCCCUUACUCAUACGCCCCCAGCAAACCGGAGAAAAGCCCCGAGUGUGCUCUCGGCGAAGUGGUUAACAAACUGACGAACGCACUGAUUUAUACUACUAUACAUUAUUGUGGGAAGGGAAAUACCGGUGGUAGUGGAGGUGGUACAGGUGGUAGUGGAGGUGGUACCGGCGGUAACGGUGGUAAUGGAGGUACCGGUGGUGGUACAGGUGGCAAUGGCGGUAAUGGUGGUACGUUAGCAUCUCUAUUAGGUAUAGACAUAUCAUUGCUCAAUCAGGACCUGCUCAAUCUCAACGUGUUACCGCUACUAGGUGGUGGCGGUAAUGGCACUCUUACGUUAGAAUCACUGUUAAGUUUAGAUUUGAGUCUACUUGGCCAGCCAUUGCUGACCGCUGAUGUGUUGCCUAGUCUGCUCGGUACAGGGGGUUCUGGUAAUGGCGGAUUAUUGUCUGGAGUCCUGGGAGGGGUUACUGGAGGCUCUGGUGGAGGGGGAUUAUUGCCUGGAGUCCUCGGAGGGGUUACUGGAGGCUCUGGUGGGGGGGGAUUAUUGCCUGGAGUCCUGGGAGGGGUUACUGGAGGCUCUGGUGGGGGGGGAUUAUUGCCUGGAGUCGUUGAGGGCGUUACUGGGGGUUCUGGCGGCGGGGGAUUAGUGCCUGGUCUUCUUGGGGGCGUUACUGGAGGUGGUAGUGGAGGUGGUACAAGUGGUAGUGGAGGUGGUACAGGUGGAUUGGGUUCCGUAUUAGGUGCGACCGUGAGUCUGCUUGGACAGGAUGCUGUUGUUGCAAAUGUAUUGCCUAAUACUGUUGGCGGUGGUAGUGGUGGUGGUUUGUUAGGUCUAUAG